GUCUGCGUCGGUGGCAGGUUUGUGUGUGUAGUGGUCAUUUGAGGGCCUCGGCGAUGAUGGCUGUGACGGCAUCGCGAAUGAGGACGGGGGCGAAGCCUGUGAUGGAGCGACGGGGGAAUGCCUGGCGUGGCACUUCCUGGUUGUCACGGUUGUAGUCGUUGAGCCACUUGAUCAUCUCGGUCUCAAACUCUCCCCACACCACGUCGUCAACCUCUACGAACUGACUUGCGCACACACACACACACACACACAAAUACAAAUGGAGGUGUGUAGCGGUGGCCGGCAGCAUUGGUGUGUGGGUUUGUCCUCACGUGUGUGUUGCCCUGGCUGUGCGUUUUGUGCCACUGGAUGAGGCCCAUGGCGUCAGUAUCCGUGUUGGUCAGAAACUAACAAGGAGACACAUAGCCGACCUCUCCAUCUUUUGCUAUUCUUUGUACACAUGUGGUGGAGCCGAGCUGCUGACCUUUUCGACGAGUGUGGAUGGCGGCGUCAGGCUGUCGUAUGUCACGGUGAUAGAGUCUUUGUAGUCGGCGAAUGACAUUUUCAGAAGGCUCAUACCUACACAUCAAAUACCAACAACACACGGCUCCACCCGGAAGCUACGAUGGGCCGCACACGUGUGUUGCCCUCUCUCUGUGUGUGUACGAUGAGUGUUCGUCGCAUGAUCGGCCGCCAAUGCCGCUCCAGCGGCCGCCGCUCGCCGAGCAGACACAAUCUGGCACAAACACACAGAAGCGCUUCUUGAUGCAGCUCAUCGUUCCUUUGAAUCAAUUGGCGUGCGUACAGUACCUGUCGGGCGCAGCACUCGAUGUGGUGCACAGCAUAUCGGUUCGGAGCCAAGUCACCCUCUCCCAGAGGCUCCAGCGUCAGAGGGUCCACUCCGCGGUCGCUGAUCUGCCGGAGGAUGGCCGACAGCUCGUAGCAGUGCCCUGCGUGGGUGAGAAGCAACGGGUGAGAGGAAAUGAGCUACCUGCAUGGCUGGUGGUCAGCUUCAACAUGCGUACCUGAGGGUGUGAUGACGGGAGUGCGCGGAACGGCCAAUGAGAUGGGACACCGCUCCACGGAGGCCGGAAACUCAUGGUUAGGAACUGCAUCCAUUAAUCGCAAACCACGCAAAUAGCCCAUCCAUCCCGCCCCUUGCUCUUGGUCACUCACCCGUUCACUCACCUCUGUCGAGUACUUCUCUGAUAAAAGCAGCGUCCACACCCCGGAAACGCACUCUCUCGCAAGGUGCAGGGCGAGGAUCUACACGGUGUGCGGCAGCGCCGGCCGGGCGGGAGGCUGAGGAGCUCCUGCGGCAUCAGCGGCACCCGCAGGACGCUGAGGCACGUCAGGCUUGAGAGCGGUCAGCUGGCGCAGCGCCCAUGGGCGCAGCGCUGGAACAAGGCAGCAGAGAUUCAGAAUGCCGAUUAUCAAGCAGUACAAAAACCCGGUCCACGCAAAUAUUAUCAAUAUCCAUUUCAAGAGACCAAACAAACUCAAGAGAGCAAACAAACCACCGAAGAUCCACAGGCAGAUCCACAGGUAGAUCCGAAAAUGCUCAGGAGCUCCUGCGGCAUCAGCGGCACCCGCAGGACGCUGAGCCACCUCAGCGUUUUGACCAUUCAGCCACCCGAAGAAGGCAGCGAUAUCGUGCGCGAUCGAACACAGCCCGCCAAAACCAGCCAAACACAUAAUCGACAACCCGAUU